CAGGCACCACGCACCGUUUCGCCGCCGAGGUUGCGGGUCAAGGUCGAUGCGAGGCGAGCGAACGAGCGAGCGCACGGGGCUUCCAUCUGUCAAACAGCUGUUUGCCUUCAGCGCAUCAAAACUUCGUGCCAAUCCCACUGCGCUUCCGAGUCACGUCUACCCUUUGAACCUUCGCUUCCUUCUUUCCAUCUUUACAUAGUUCCGUGCAUAUUUUCGUCUUUCUUAUCGCGAAUGAUCAACGCCAUCCCUUUCGUCUUUUGAUCGCGAUAAGUACGGAGGAGAUGGAACAUAUCAUCUCAAAGUAUUGGUCCCUGGUGUGGCCGCCGGUGCCAUCAUUGGAAAAGGCGGAGAGACUAUUGCACAACUUCAAAAAGAUACAGGAGCAAGAGUCAAGAUGUCUAAAUCGCAUGAUUUUUAUCCAGGCACUACAGAGAGAGUAUGUUUAAUAACUGGUAGUGUCGAAGCUAUAAUGUCUGUCAUGGAUUUCAUUAUGGAAAAAAUUCGAGAGAAGCCAGAUCUUACGUCAAAAACCACAGUGGAUUUUGAAUCCGGUAAAGCAAUGGCAGAAAGAGAUAAACAGGUAAAAAUCUUAGUGCCUAACAGCACUGCGGGGAUGAUUAUAGGAAAAGGUGGAAAUUACAUUAAACAAAUUAAAGAAGAAUCUGGCUCUUAUGUUCAAAUUAGUCAAAAAGCUAAAGAUUUAUCUCUUCAAGAACGAUGUAUCACAGUAAUAGGGGAAAAGGAAAAUAAUCGAAAUGCCUUGUUGAUGAUCUUAGCAAAGGUAGCAGAUGAUCCACAAAGUGGAACAUGUUUAAACGUUAGUUAUGCUGAUGUAAGUGGCCCUGUUGCCAAUUACAAUCCUACAGGCAGUCCUUAUGCUCAAGCUCCAACAAGUACACCUACAUAUACUUCUACAGCUGGACUUAAUACAGUAAGUCUCUUGAAUGGCGCUGGACUGAGCCUUAACUUGAACUUAGGUGCUGCUAUCACUGCUGGUACAGCUCCAGUAACAACGCAACUUUUAGAACAUAUAAAGCUGAACUUACGUACAACAGGUUUCUCAGAACCUGCUGCUACCGAGAUUUUAACCGCCAUUGCUACUCUCGCAAAGUACAAUAUCCUUGGGAUGGGUAUUGGGAUGCCGUCAAGUAUGAGUUAUUUGGGAAAUCCAAUGGAUAGCACCACAACAGCCAAUGGUUCUAACAAUAAUGGUGGAGUCUUCGGGCCAAUUGGAACAGUUCCUGCACUGGGAUCUACUUCACCUACUCCACGCAAUACACUCGAUAGAUACGAGCCUUUCGAUCCAUUUAGACAGAACAACACUGCUGCCAGUGCUAUUCACCUGAACAACAAUUCAUUUGGUCUGGGCACUAACCAGUUAUCACUUGUAAGUAAGAGUCCUACACAGGUAGACGCCAACAACAAGGAGACCAAGAAAGUAGACAUAGAAAUUGCAGAGGUUAUAGUGGGAGCUAUUCUGGGACCCGGUGGUCGUGCCCUCAUUGAGAUUCAGCACCUAAGUGGCGCCAACAUUCAAAUCUCUAAGAAAGGCAUGUUUGCCCCUGGUACCAGGAACCGCAUAGUGACUAUCACGGGUUAUCCCAAUGCGAUCGGCACUGCUCAGUACUUGAUCGAGCAAAGGAUUAGUGAAGAGGAAGCAAAACGAGCACGUCAAAAUGCCAUCGCCAGUAUGAUUCACUGAUUUCAAGUACAGCAUUCUUGAUCAUCUCCAUUAUCGGGCUCCGUUGUUCGCCUCUUCACACUUUGAGAUGCUACGGCAGCUCCUUUCUCCCUUCUUUAACACUUGUCCACUACCACCACCUACCACCCGUUGUCAUCUAUCGCUGCAUCACUAUAGCGCUUGCAUUCUCUCAUCACUGUUCAUGCAUCCAUCAUGGCUCGUCAACAUUGAUCUAUCUUUUAAGGUUAUUAUGAUAUAAAUAUUAUAUGUUAUAUGAUAACUACUACAAUUGUUCUGUGAUACACCACAUUACGGGGCUUUAUCACAUAUAAUACACACGUACUACAUCAGAGUCACAUAAUAUAUCUAGUUAUACGAUAUAAUAUAUUGACAGGUGAUCCGACAAAACUGCUAUGAACUAGAUGUGGUAUGCUUGACCACAAACCUUUAAGAUAUGUGGCAGAUGCUACGGAGAAUCAUCUUUCUUCUUUCUGUUUUUAAUAAUAUAUUGACUGAAUAUUACUUGAAAUUUAUGUCAUACAGAACUCAUUUGAAAGUCUUUAAAUGAGACGUGAGUAUUUCACUUAGUUUCAUAAAAAAAUUCAUUUUUAUUUUAUCAUAAAACCAUAUCUAAAUUAUUAUGUUAAAUUGUUCCUUAAAUAGCAAAUGUCUAGGCUAAACAAGAUCUUACUCGCUUAACGUGUUACUUAAAAAGGCAUGUUAAGUAUAGAGUAAUACCUUGCCAAAACCAAAGAUUUUCCAUAUACAAGUUAAAGAUGACUUGGCUUGAAGUUGAAUAUGCAUACAGAAUAAGAGCUAUUCUAAAUAUGAACAUAUAUUUAUAUAUCAAAGCUGGCUGGACCAGUUAAGUACAUAAAGAAUAAUCAUUCACCAUUGCCAAGUAUCAUUUUUAACUCUAAAUCGUUGGAUCCAUGCAUUAAUAGAAUUUUAUCUAUUUUGUGUAAUAUUUAGAUAAGUAUACUCAAAAGUAGCAUAAUUUCUGACUUUAUUCUUCAUCAUAUACUCACUUAAAGGUAAAAGCCUAUAUGUCAUAUCCAUUAAAAUGAUUACUUUUCUUAUCAUAAUAAUAAAUAUUUCCAUAGCUUAACUGCACAGAGUUGGUUCCUUGGUUUUUAGAAAUAUAAUUAAUAUAUUAAACAUUCAUCUAAUUAUUUUUAAUUUUGAAAUAUACUAAUUAAAUGGAAAUAAAUUUAAUAUAUUGCUAGAAAAUUUUCAUAUUAUUUCACAAUGUAGUAAUAAAUAGAACUAACAUGAUAAUACAUAAAUACAUACAUACAUACAUACGUACAUAGAUACAUACAAAUAUACAUACAUUAUAUCACAUUGUACAUUGUCUACAUUGUAAAAAUAAUUUUUGUGCAUAUUUGUGUGCAAGUUACUGUUAUUGCUGAACACUGCUUUUAUCCACUAUACAAUUUUUUAUAUAAAACAUUUGCUAUUUGAUUGGAAUUAUAUCAUAUACUUCAUAGUUCAUCACAUUAUAAAAAAUUAUAUGUUUCUUAUAUAUGAGAGUGAAAUACCAUCACGUCAUACAUUCCUGAGAUCUGUAUGACAAUUUAUGUAGAAUCUUAUCAAGUUUAUUCAUAUUAAUCUGAGCAAAACUCAAAGCAGACCCAUAUAAUUACUGUUUUUAAACAGAGUGGGGUCACUGUGUAAUGUAAAACUAUUUGGAACUCUUGUUUCAAUAUAGUGGUGUUCGAUCGAAUGCAGUCUGUGUUUACUCUUUUAUAAAAGAGGGCUAAUACUGACAUUUCAAAUCACUUUAUCUUUGCGGGUAGGUAAUAGGAUGGGGUGAUAUAAGAUAGGUGGUAAUUAAUAAUGGGUAUAGCAAAACUAGUGACUAAAAUUAUUAGCUGUAGCGUCUAAUGAAAUGUAUAAGUGUACAUGAGUACAAUUCAUAGCUGGAGGCGCUGGCUCACCGCUCUUAAAAAUAAUGACUUGUACAUUUAUAAAUAUCGCAUAACAUGAGUAAUAACAGUAAAAAUGAUAAAAUAAUAAUAUAUUACAGAGAGAGAGAAAUAUAUCUAUAUAUAAAUAUAUAUAUAUAUAUAUAUAUAAAGAUGCGUAUAUAUAUACAUGAAGAGAUUGACAUAGACUUACAAAAAGAGAAUUCAUAUUAUUUGAGAUAUAAAUGAGACGCGUAUUCACGCAUAUUACGCAUACACAACACGACAAACACAUACACAUACACAUUAUAGGUAGUGGAAUGAUAUUAUAAUAUUGUUGAUAAAAUAUUUGCGUCCGCAAAUGAAAGAACAGGUUUACGUUUAACCAUAAAUUCUAUGUGUCGAUUAACAUUACUGUGUUGUUCAAACGCAUUGAAGUCACACAGGCACCAUAAAAUGCAAAAACAUUAGUUUGCUGUAGAUAGAAUUGUUAUAAAAUUCUAAUAGAAUACAUAAAUGUAAUUUAUAGCAUUAAUUUAAUUUGUGAAUUAGUCUAUUUUAAUAGCUCUGAUGCUAUUUAUAUUAUUGGCAGCAUAAUAUUUCUCUAUAUUAAUUAUAUCAUAGUAAUGUUUUACUAAUUAUCAUCACGUCAUUAUAUUAUAUCUAUCAUUGAUUAUUGUUAAUCUUAUGUUACUAUUCUUCCUUUCGCGUUUUCAAAAUUUCUAUGCAAACUCUUUCUUUCUUCUGACUGCCGGUAUUUACAUACAUUAUAGAAUUUAUAAAAAAAAAUAUCAAUAAUCACAAAAAAAGGAAUAUCAUUUCUUAAUAGUUAAUCAUUUUGUCACUUAAAAGAAUAUUUUGUUAGAUACAACAACUUCACAAAUCAUUUCAACUUUUUCCUACUCGUUAUAUUCCAAAUCAUAAUUAUCAUAAUCACAUUACAAGUAUAAGUAGUAAAACAAACAUAUUUUUAUGUAUUAGCUUCUCAGAAAAGUUAAAUUACUCAUUAAAACAAUAUAUCUCUCUAUGUAAAACAACUUGUGGGUAGCAUAAAUUAUGUGUUGUAGAUUUUUUCAAGUUAACACAUUCCUUAGUAGGACAGAAUAUGUUUAAGACUAGCUGUGAUGGAGUUGAUAAAGGAAUAUUUUUACCAGCAGCCAGUACAUGAAAAAUGCCACAAUAUAUUAAGCGUUUUAAAACUGUAGAAUUUAUUUGCGCAGGAAAAAUAACUUGAUGGAUUACAAAAGUUCACCGGCAAGGAGAAGUCAAGAAUGGAGCUUCUUUCUACAUAUGUGACAAUAUUUGCAUGUGUACGUAAAUCAAAUGAAUGUAUAGUAAGUACUUCUUUAAUGCUACAUUUAUUAAGGUGUGCGUGUUAUAUAAUGCCGAAGUGUAAAAUUCUGUACAGAAAUCAGAGUUGCAUAUAGUGAAGAAUUGUCCAAUCGCAUAGAAAAGUGGAUGUGACUAGAGUCUUUUCUAAGUACCUCAAUUUGUGCCACUGGCAUAUAGUACAAGUAACUGCUUUCUAUUAUCGGUAUAUAUUUUGUUAAAUUAUUCUGAUAAUACUAACACUUAGAUGUUAGUUACGUUUAGAUAACACUUAUAAAGAUACCAUUAGAUACUAUCUAAUUGGCUCUACAUUGUACAGUUAUUUUUUGAAAUAAAAGGCAAUAACAAUGUACAUGAAGUGGCAAAACAGUAUUGGUUCGCCGACCAGUUACCUACGAGUUGUUUAAAGGAGAAUUCAGUGUUGUAUCCACGAGCCGGCAGUCAUUGUUGAUCAUAGAUGAAUCUUACUUCAUGUAACACUUUGUUUUUGUACAGUUUGAGAUAUUUCAUCCACUAACUCAAUAAGUAACUAUGCGACAUGAUCUCUGUGUGUGUCGUAAUAUUUAGUUAUACAGAAUUAUUAGAUAUAGGUGUGUAGGUAGUCUCUUAAAUCUCUUAUGAAAUUAUCGUUACAGUUUCAACAUUUUUAUUAAUAAGGAUGAAAUAUUUGAAGUAUCUACCGAGUGAGUAAAUAAUUAUGCUCUCGCACGUGGAGAUGUAGUGUAGUAAUCAGGGAACUGUAGGAAUUGCAUUGACUCGCCUCAAUUCUAAUAUGACUAUUGUUACAGUAACUAUAAUUGAAUUUGACACAUGUUAUCACACAAGAUGACAUGCGUGUCACAUUACUUGGCUGUGUGUGCUAGGCUACAUCCUGAAUCAUGCUCCAUCAUCCAUCACUCCACUCUCGCAUAGAUUACAUUAAUCUUUAUAAGAAAAAAAUAACAAUAUCUUAUUGUUACAUAGUAAGUAUCUAAAAAAUCAACAAAUAUUUGAUACCAGGAAAAUUUCUGCAUUACAUUUGUGUUCCAUCCAAUCACUUUAGUGCCAUAUUGAUACCACCAUCAGCCACACUUGUUGACACUUGACAGUAGAACGUGUUGUUAAAGAUGUGUAUAUUCUGCAAAAUGCAGAUUGUUUUGAAUAAAGUCGGACUAUACUUAUUUCUCAUUA